AUGAAGUUGCAGACCGGAGCGACUCAGGUUGCACUGCGUACUUCACAGCUGAUGCGUGCAGGAUCCAACAUUCGCGGUGGCAGGACUGCUGUUUCCGAGCCCGCAUGGUACAAAGUUGUCUUGGCCAACCCGCCGACACACCAGCUCUUGCCCAAGCUGCGCAAGCUCAAGGAGUACGUUGAGGUUGCUCGGGCCCAGCCAGAAGUGAACACCCGUACUGGUAUGUACACUACGCGAAUCAAGGCCAAAUUCAACACCCGUGCUGGUCACCUGUACAAGCUGUCCAAGAUUGAGUAUCCCGAGGACAAGAUCCGUCGCCUGUUUUACACAAACCACCCUUGGGAGAUGGCUCGCCCGCGGAACAUGAUCGAGAACAGCGGCCGGUCUGUGGCAGACUGCGACUGGUCUAAUAUGCGUCAGCCCACUCUCCGUCUCAGCGGUGAGAACGUUGUCCAGCGCACCCUUUGGUUGGCUUCGCAGCCUGCGUACAUGAAAGAGCACGGCAAGGACUGGUACGAGGCCUACAAACAGGCCCGUCUCGAGUUCUACCGUCUGCGUAUUGAUGAGAAUGCCAAACAGCAGGUCGCGGCCGAGGAGGCUAUCAUGAACGGUGCUGUCUUUGGUCCUUCAAGCAUCGAGCACGGUGUUGCCGUUGAGCAAAAGGUUAUUGACAAGUACAUUGAUAUUGCCAAGAAGGCCACCGAGCUCAAAGCCCAGCGUAGAGCGGGAGCCCAGACCGAAGCUGAAGAGCCCUCCUCUGCAUAG